UGAAUUUAAAAAAAGAGAAUAAUUCAUAUUUGUGUUGUUUUCAUGAUCUUUUGAUCAAGAAUGACAAGAUAUUUUGCACUUGUUUGUCAUCUGGUCUCCAUCUGCAUUCAAAGAGAUGGCCACGGAGUGAACAGUUGUCAAUUUGGGAGCAGACAGGAUGGAUCAGUUUAUUGCUGUCAUAAUUAUUUUAGAGAUGGAAAUGUCUGUAGAGAAUGUCCACCUGGAUACUUCGGAUUUAAUUGUUCUCAAAUUUGUCCUGAACUUUCUUAUGGACACUUGUGUCGUCUGAAAUGCAGUAACUGUACAAACUGUAAUCACAUAUACGGCUGUACGCAAUCAACAGAAUAUAUUAAAUUAGAUGUCUCGAGAAAAAGAAGUUCUAGCACUAGACCUGCAAAUGCUAUCAUGUCGUCCAUGCCAUCAAUCGACAUAUCAGAUGUACUUGAAAAAGAAAAUUCCAGUGUAAUAUCUUUAAAUGGUAAUAAGACUCCUCCUGAAUUUCAUCUUAGAAUAAUUAUCUAUACAACCGGAUCACUUAUAUCUUUUGUACUUAUACUGAUAAUUGUUAGAGAAAUAAGUAACUCUUCCAAAAUAUUGUUUCCUCCCACAAAUACAAACAAGCCACACAACAGUGGUGUCGUAGAAAACAUAUAUUCAGAGGUUUCUGACGUCAUUGAUUGCGUCAUUCCACAUGAAGAAAUUGCCUCAUCUCUGUUAAACGUGUAUUGUAAUGAUCAGGAUGGAGUUUCCGAAAACUCAGAGGGUGGCUGUAAAGACUGUAUUUAUAGCACUGUGUUUAGAGAAAAGAAAGAGACUGAAACUAACAAGGAAAUCUUUUCUCCUGAGUCUGUGCAGAGCUCCACAGAGUUUAACAAAAGGGAACUAGAGAUAGCUGUGAGCGACUCCAGUCAGGAUGCUUGUCCAACAUUUGUCCAAUUUGUAUUGUGUACCGUAGUUUCUUUAAAUGGUAAUAAGACUCCUCCUAAGUUUAAUCUUGCAAUAAUUAUCUUUACAAGCGGAUCACUUAUAUCUUUUGUAAUUCUACUGAUAAUUGUGAGAGAAAUAAGUAACUUUUCCAAGAUAUCGUCUCCUCCAACGAUUAAAAAGAAGCCACACAACAGUGGUUUUGUAGACAACAUAUAUUUUGAAGUGUCUGAUGUCAGUGAUGGCGUCAUUUCACGUGAAGAUAUUGCGUCGUCUAUGUUAAACGUGAAUAGUAAUGAUUACGGCGGAGUUUCCGAAAUCUUAGAUUGUGACAGUAAAGACUGAAUUAAUAGCACUGUAUUUAGAGAGAAGGAAGAGACUGGCGAACGAACAUCAUCUUUACAAUACAUCUAGGUUUGAGGCCGACGAUACUUUAGACCUUUGUACUAAUAAAGAGAAACUGGUUUUUAAUGAUUGCCCUGAUCAACAAAACGAAAUUACUGUUCAUCAAAUCUCCACAAAGGAAACCAACAAAGAAAUCUUUUCUCCUGAGUCUGUGCAUAGCUCCACUGAGUUCAACAGAAGGGAACUAGAGAUUGCUGUGAGCGACACUAGUCAGGAUGUUAGUACAUCGUUUGUCCAAUUUGUAUUGGUAAAUGAAACAACAGAGACAACAUCCCUUUGAUGACAUGUCCCCUACCUAUAGACAUUUCAUUUUAUUUCUUUCUCUCUUGGUGA